AUGGAUCUGACACGUCAGCUGCCCGAGGACGUGCUCGCCGACGUCCUCCGCCGGGUUGCACCGUGCGGCCUCGCCGCGUGCCGCUGCGCUUGCAAGGCCCUGCGUGCCAUCAUCGACGCCCACCGCUUGCUGCGCGCGGACCUUCUCCCGCUCUCUGUUGGCGGCAUAUUCAUCGACUUCCACAGCGAGCUUUUGUCAGAGUUCUUCGCCCGCCCCUCGACGCGCCCGGCGAUCUCCGGCAGGCUCGAUUACUUGCCCCGUCCCAAUGACUACCAUGGGAGUCGGGAUUCCUACACCAUCGAGGAUCACUGCAAUGGCCUCCUCUUGCUCGAUCGCGAUGACACUUACUACGUGGUUAACCCGGCCACGCGGCAGUGGGAUCCUUUACCAACGCGUCCAUCUACGUUCAAGGAGGAAGAUCCAGGCUUCGUAUACCAACAGUACCUUGUGUUUGAUCCUAUGUUGUCGCCCCACUACGAGGUAUUUCUGAUCCCACAUCCUUGCUUCAAAAGUAGGCCCGGAGAAUAUAAUUACAACAUGUCAGGGGAUGAACUAGACCCUAUCAUGGAGGAAUCUGAAUGGCCACCAUCCGUGCGCGCUUUGCAUGUUUUCUCCUCAAGGUCAGGCUGUUGGGAGGAGAGGUCUUUUAUUCGACAGGGAAAGGCUGCUCGCACCAUAGCUGAUAUGCCACGUUAUGAAUGGUACGACAAACAUUAUGGCGUCUACUACGGGGGUGCACUUUACGUGCACUGCAAAACUGAUUCCGUAAUGAGGAUAUAUUUGUCAAACAAUAGAUAUGAAGUAAUUAAACCACCUAUGGAUACUGAACUGAGCGAUUGCCAAAAUCUUCGUCUUGGACGAUCAGAAAAAGGGUUGUACUUUGCAUCUACCUGGCUUGACGAGCAGUAUCCAUCUACUUCUAAUCUGUAUCAUCUACUGGAUAUUAACUUCAAUGUGUAUGUCAAAGAGUACAAGGAGCAUAAUGAACAUCGCAGCUACAUGGAAAAUAUGAUAGAAAAGAAAUCUGAGUUAAACUCUAGCAAGAAAGAGCCAGUCGAAGAAAAGUUUGAAUGGGACUCUGAAAAUGAUAACAUUCUUUACAAGGAUGAGAGGUGUGUCGGUCGUGGCGAUGGACACAUAGGUAUCCUGGGAUUCCAUCCAUAUAAAGAGAUUAUCUUUUUGGAUGUAUCAAUAUACAGAGGAUUGGCUUAUCAUUUGAAAGAUUCAAAGGUUCAGGACCUAGGCUACUUGUACCCAACAAGUUAUUAUCUAGCUUUGCCCAAUGAUAGGUUCAUAACCGGGUCGUUCUCUUACACACCAUGCUGGCUAGGACACCAAAAAGCAACAAGAAUGUAG